CACAUUGAAGAAAACUGCCAGAAGCCAAAAGGGACACAUACUGUAAAUCAAAAAUAAUAUUGACCAUCGGACAGGACACUACGAAAAUGAAAAGGUGUCACAAAGGGAUCUUAGGUAUAAGAAAAGAUCCAAAGAACCAGAUUUUGUUCUCUUUUUCUGCAAGAGAGGGAGAAGAAUGGCCUUCGGAUGAUUCAGAUUCGGAUUUUGUACCUUCUGAUGAGGAGGAUUUAAGACCAAAACGGAAAAAGAAGAAGCAAACCAAAUCAAAUGAAAAACCAACCACAGGGCAUUCCAAGGAACCAAGUAUUUCUGUGAAGACGGGGAGUGCAUGUGUCAGCUUGCCAGAAGAAAUAUGGACUUACAUCUUUCAAAUUAUUGUGAAAGAGACAGGCCCAUUGCCUUUUUUAUGCAGAGCAGCAAAAGUAUGCCAGUUAUGGCGUACUCUUGCAAGUCAUCCAUCUUUGUGGAAAAAGGUUGACCUAUCAUUUGGAUGGAUACGUCCAAAAAAGGACACUCUGAGAUGGCUAGUCAAAGAGAGGUUAACCCAAUGCACACAGGUUAAUCUCACAAACUGGACCAUAACCAAUGACCAACUGAAGAUGGUACUGCAGAACUGUCCGGAAUUAAGAAAUAUAAAUCUUUCUUACUGUAAAAAGUUAUCUCAGGAUGGAUUUACAGCCCUGGUAGAAAACUGUCCAGGGUUACAGAAGUUAGAUGUCUCCUUUACGACAAUUGGUGCCAAUGCGAUAAAAGAUAUUGUUGUAAAACAUGGACCUCAACUGAAAGAGCUACAUUUAGGAGGAAACUACUAUGUAAACUUUUCAGCUCUUGCAAACAGCCUAUUUGAAAAUUGUCCCAAUAUAGAGGUGUUAGAUGUAUCCAACUGUCGAUUUUCAGGAGAUUAUGAGAGUAUUAAUGUGCAAAAGUUUCAGAAAGGCUGUCCCAAAUUACGAAUCCUUCGAAUGGGGAGUUCUAAAUUCAGAUUAAAGAAAGUGAAUGAACAGCUGACAGGAUUUGAAGAACUAGAGGAGCUAAGUUUGGGAUGCUUAGACAGGAGUAAGAGUGGUGGAAUCAAUACCGCCUUUGUAUAUGACAUUCUAGUGAAAUCCUCCAAGUUAAAACUCUUAGAUCUUGGAGGUUGCUGGAACAUGGAAGAUAUGUCCCCCCUUUUGGGCCUCCCUUUCACAGAACUUGAACAGCUCUAUCUCUCCAGUUCUCCAAUAAGUCUCAAUUACCUACUGGGGCCCCUACUACAAAAGUGUAGCAUGAGCCUUAGAAUUCUGCACAUUGAUAAAAACAUCUUCAAGGGAGACUCGUUAGAUACUGCUCUACAAGAAUUGUUCUUCCCUCAGCGUGGUGCUAGUGUUCUGGAGAUGGUGAACGCUGCAGAGACAAACAUCACUCAGGCCAGUGUAGAAAAUAUCCUGAGACACUGCGGGAGACUUCACUACAUCAAUCUCUCAUCCUGUCGAGCCCUGCCUCGAGGAAUAAAGCGCGAGUACAAGAACGCAGAGAUAAAAACGUUAAAGUCAUUCUGUGGCAUCAAAUGAACUAUCCCAGUGGUAGACUGUUGUUGCAGGUUCUUUCCUACAACGAUUUUUAAAGCAGACACUUUCUAACAAUGAUUUUGAAAUCAGAAUCAGGAAUCGAAACAGUCUUCAAGUUUUGAUGAACCCAGCUAAGAUGUGAAUAGAUGAAGUUCAAAGAAUUCUGUAUUAAACUCUUGAGACAAUUACAGUUUAAGCAGAUGACAAGUUUUAUCAGGAAUUCACAUGACUAAUGAUUGUAUUAUUAUGAUCAAGUCUAUUGAUCUAACAUCAGGAAGAGUAACUCAGGAAUUCAGUUUAAAUUUCAGGUACAUGAAUAACAUAAGUCUAGCUUGAAAUGUUUGCUCAAGUACAAGAAACAUUUUUAUCUGGUGCCUGAUCAAUGUACAAGUUAUUCUGUUUUGAUUUUAUUCUUAACAGAAAUAUUUUAUAUGUUUCAUUUUUAGACCUUUACAUUAUUUAUAUAGAUUGAAUUUGUUAGGAAGCAGUCCUUGAUUUUUGAUUGAAUUAAAAAUAUAUUUCUGCUAAUUCAUCAUUAAAAAAGAAUAUGUAUCAA